AAAAUUCUCGUAGCUAAAAGUCCCCCAUCCUACGUCACCCAACCAGAAGACCCAGACACUAUCUUGCUUUUAGCAAAUGCCACCCUGACAUGGGAACAAGAAGUCAACAGGAGAAGAGACCCCCGGGCACAGGAUCAGAAAAGGCGUAUUUUCAAGAAACAGAGGCCAGAGCUAUACAGUGAGCAAAGUCCAUCAGCACAGGGAGUUGCUAGCCCGGAGUGGCAAAGUGGCAGCCCCAAGUCAGUUCUACACAACAUCAGCUUUGUGGUGCGAAAGGGGAAGGUCUUGGGAAUAUGCGGGAAUGGAAGUGGGAAGAGUUCCCUCAUCUCAGCUCUCCUAGGACAGAUGCAGUUACAAAAAGGGGUCGUGGCUGUCAAUGGACCUUUGGCUUAUGUUUCUCAGCAAGCAUGGAUUUUCCAUGGGAAUGUGAGGGAGAACAUACUGUUUGGAGAGAAGUACAAUCACCAAAGGUAUCAGCACACGGUUCAUGUCUGUGGUCUCCAGAAGGACUUGAACAGCCUCCCUUAUGGAGACCUGACUGAGAUUGGUGAGCGGGGUGUCAACCUCUCUGGGGGACAGAGGCAGAGGAUCAGCCUGGCCCGUGCUGUGUACGCCAACCGUCAACUGUACCUGCUGGACGACCCACUCUCAGCUGUGGAUGCCCACGUGGGGAAGCUUGUCUUUGAGGAGUGCAUCAAGAAGACACUCAAGGGAAAGACCGUUGUCCUGGUUACCCACCAGUUGCAGUUCCUGGAGUCUUGUGAUGAGGUCAUUUUGUUAGAAGAUGGAGAGAUUUGUGAAAAGGGCACCCACAAGGAGUUGAUGGAAGAGAGGGGGCGCUAUGCAAAGCUGAUUCACAACCUCCGAGGAUUGCAAUUCAAGGAUCCAGAGCACAUUUACAAUGCAGCCAUGGUGGAGGCCUUGAAGGAGAGUCCAGCUCAGAGAGAUGAAGAUGAUGUCUUGGCUCCAGGCGAUGAGAAAGAUGAAGGAAAAGAACCUGAAAUGGAAGAAUUUGUAGAUAUAAAAGCUCCUGAGCACCAGCUUGUCCAGAUGGAGUCUCCUCGAGAAGGAAUCGUGACCUGCAAAACAUACCACAGCUAUAUUAAGGCUUCUGGAGGGUACCUGGUCUCCUUCCUGGUGCUGUGUCUCUUCUUCCUCAUGAUGGGCAGCUCUGCUUUCAGCACUUGGUGGCUGGGCCUCUGGUUAGACAGGGGAUCCCAGGUCAUCUGUGCACCCCAGAGCAAUAAGACAGUCUGCGAUGUUGAUCAGACCCUGCAGGACACAGAACACCAUAUGUACCAGAUGGUGUACAUAGCAAGCAUGGUGUCCGUGCUGGCAUUUGGCAUUAUCAAAGGAUUCACCUUCACCAACACUACACUGAUGGCAUCCUCUUCACUCCACAACAGAGUGUUUAACAAGAUCGUCAGGAGCCCAAUGAGCUUUUUUGACACAACCCCCACAGGCCGACUGAUGAACCGCUUUUCUAAAGACAUGGACGAGCUGGACGUGAGGCUGCCAUUUCAUGCCGAGAACUUUCUACAGCAGUUCUUCAUGGUUGUGUUCAUUCUGGUGAUUAUGGCCGCUGUGUUUCCUGUUGUCCUUCUUGUUCUGGCUGGCCUGGCGGUAAUCUUCCUCAUUCUUUUACGCAUUUUCCACCGGGGAGUCCAGGAGCUUAAGCAGGUGGAGAACAUCAGCCGCUCGCCUUGGUUCUCUCAUAUCACCUCGUCCAUGCAGGGUCUGGGUGUCAUCCAUGCCUAUGACAAAAAGGACGAUUGCAUCAGCAAGUUUAAGACACUAAACGAUGAGAACUCCAGCCACCUCCUGUACUUCAACUGUGCUCUCAGGUGGUUUGCUCUCAGAAUGGAUAUCCUCAUGAACAUCGUCACCUUCGUUGUGGCCUUGUUGGUGACCCUGAGCUUUUCUUCAAUCAGUGCUUCAUCCAAGGGCUUGUCAUUGUCUUACAUCAUCCAGCUCAGUGGACUGCUUCAAGUAUGUGUGCGAACAGGAACUGAGACCCAAGCCAAGUUCACAUCUGUGGAGCUGCUGAGGGAGUACAUUUCGACCUGUGUUCCUGAACACACUCACCUCUUCAAAGUGGGGACCUGUCCCAAAGACUGGCCAAGCCGUGGGGAGAUAACUUUCAAGGACUAUCACAUGAGAUACAGAGACAACACCCCUCUCGUUCUCGAUGGGCUGAACUUGAACAUCCAAAGUGGGCAGACAGUUGGGAUUGUGGGAAGAACAGGUUCUGGAAAAUCGUCACUGGGCAUGGCCCUGUUUCGUCUGGUGGAGCCAGCCUCUGGUACCAUUUUCAUCGAUGAGGUGGACAUCUGCACUGUGGGUUUGGAGGACCUCCGAACCAAGCUGACCAUGAUCCCCCAAGAUCCUGUCCUGUUUGUAGGUACAGUAAGGUACAACUUGGACCCCUUGGGGAGUCAUACUGAUGAGAUGCUCUGGCAUGUUUUGGAGAGAACAUUCAUGAGAGACACAAUAAUGAAACUCCCAGAGAAAUUACAGGCAGAAGUCACAGAAAAUGGGGAAAACUUCUCAGUAGGGGAACGCCAGCUGCUUUGUAUGGCCCGAGCACUUCUCCGUAAUUCAAAAAUCAUUCUGCUCGAUGAAGCUACUGCCUCCAUGGACUCCAAGACAGACACUCUUGUCCAGAGCACUGUAAAAGAUGCCUUCAAAAGCUGCACAGUGUUGACCAUCGCCCAUCGCCUAAACACAGUUCUCAACUGUGACCUUGUCCUGGUCAUGGAAAAUGGGAAGGUGAUUGAGUUUGACAAGCCUGAAGUCCUUGCUGAGAAGCCUGACUCUGCAUUUGCGAUGUUACUAGCCGCAGAAGUUGGAUUGUAAAGGUCCAGUGGUUGAUUUGAGAGGAGACAAUGGAUGUGUGAGCUUAGAAGCCUGAAGGCGG